AUGUUAAUAUCUGAUCAUACUGGUACUGAAGGAGGUGAUGUUAGACUGGUCAAUGGAAAUAAUCGCUGCUCUGGUAGAGUUGAAGUCUUUCAUAAUGGCAGUUGGGGAACUGUGUGUGAUGACUCUUGGGACAUUAAUGAUGCUGCUGUGGUGUGCAGACAGGUGGGAUGUGGAAAAGCUCUUAGUGCAAAGAGUAUGGCUUUUUUUGCUCAGGGGAGUGACCCAAUCUUGCUGGAUGAUGUUGCAUGUUCUGGAAGUGAGAGCAGCAUAAAACAGUGCAAACACAGGGGACUAGGAUCACAUAACUGUGGCCACAGUGAAGAUGCUGGUGUUAUGUGUUCAGACUUGUUAAGAUUGGUUAAUGGCUCUGAUUCCUGCUGUGGAAGAGUGGAGCUCCUUUCCAACGGCCAGUGGGGAACUUUGUGUAAUGACGACUGGGACUUAACAGAUGCUGAUGUUGUGUGCAAACAAUUAAACUGUGGCAGAGCCAUCAGCGCCUCUCACAGCGCAGAAUUUGGUCAGGGAAGUGAAAUGAGUUGGAUAAAUCAUUUAAGGUGUGUUGGAAAUGAGACCACCUUUAUGAAUUGCUUAGAAAAAAGUCAACGUAGCUGUGGUCAUAAUACAGAUGCUGGUGUUGUUUGUACAGGUGAUCUGCAGAUGCCAACGCUUACAAUUAUCUCUCAUUCAGUUGUGUCUCCUGGAGAAAACAUUCAGUUCAAAUGCACAACACCUAAUCCAAGAUGUCAGGAAAAUGCUGAAUUCCACCUGUUCAGAAACAGUUCAUCCACAAUAUCCUCUCAAACAAGUGUAUCUAGUGUGACUUUCAUUCUGACUGUAGACGUCUCACAUCAGGAUCAGUACAGCUGUGAUUACUCUUACAGGAAUGACACCAUCAAGUCUUCCAGGAGUAACACUAUUGAAAUCACUGUAGGUGAGUGCGUUCAGGCCAGCUGA